AUGUCGGAUCUGUUUACUGCUUACGAAAGCGAUUUCCAAUUGGCUCUACAAGAGGCAAAGACUAAAAUAUCGCAAAUAGAUUCUGUUGAAGGAGAACAACGCAAACAAUAUCUCAAGGCAAUUGAAGCAGCUACAGAUGAGGCAUUGGAAGUACUUGACCAAAUGGGCAUAGAGAUUCAAAGUUUGCCCCUGAACCAACGAUCUUCCUAUAAUGCGAAAAUUCGUCAAUAUAAAUUGCAAAUAGACGAAACUAAAAACAAGUAUAAGCAAUUGGCUGACUCUCAGGAUAAACGUGAUUUGUUUGGAGGCAGAUAUAGGGACGGUGAAGAAGCAGUUGCAGACUCGCAAAGGAAACAGUUAUUGAAUAACCAUUCGUCUUUGGACAGGUCUUCUCAAAGAUUACAAGAGAGUCAACGAAUUGCUCUUGAAACAGAGCAUAUUGGUGGUAAUAUCCUUAACGAUUUGCGUUCGCAAAGAGAACAAAUAACGGGGGCUCGAAACACUCUACAACAAGCAGACACUUAUAUCGAUAAGAGUGUUCAAACAUUGAAAAGCAUGGGGAGGAGAUUACUUGCCAACAAGUUUAUAAGCUAUGCUAUAAUCGGGGUGUUGAUUUUAUUGAUAUUUUUAGUUCUAUUGAUCCGUUUUAACAAUGUUCAGUCAUCUAUAAUCAAGUAUUGUUAUAGUAAGGAAUUUCAUAGUUCAUCAAUACUAAAGCAUGGCCAUAUUCACAAACCAAAGCCAGGGGAGGAGCUUCAUAUAACGUUUAUUACAAAAGACGGUAAGCAGCAUAGUUAUGAAGUAGCCGAGGGAGAUAACAUCUUGGAUAUAGCACAGGCGAAUAAUCUUGAUAUGGAAGGUGCAUGUGGCGGAUCGUGUGCUUGCUCGACAUGUCAUAUUAUUGUUGACCCAGAAUACUAUGACGAGAUACCAGAACCUGACGACGAUGAGAAUGAUAUGUUGGACUUGGCAUUUGGAUUGACUGAAACUAGUCGAUUGGGGUGUCAAGUUAAGAUGACUAAGGAGUUGGAUGGAUUAAGAGUUGCUUUACCAGCGAUGACUAGGAAUUUGCAGAAUAAAGAUUUCAAUUAG